CUGCGCGCGGCUUUGAGCUGCCGGCGGCGGGCGGGGCGGGCCGGCCCGUUUUUAAUUUGUUUCCUUUAUCCUCUUUUCUGGGCUCAUCCCCAAAAGCAGAAGGUUUAGAGGCAUAGCUACUAUCAGACCCACCCACCGUGCUCCAGCCACGUGCAUGGCCACGAAAGCGCCCGUUCCUCCCAGACCCCAGCCAUAUAAAGCGGUUUCAGGAUCCUUGACUCAGUGAUACAGAUCUUGUAAGGGUUGUUUGGAAGCCACAGCCCGGCCUCCUGAUGCAGUCUGAAUCCAGCCAGUGUGAAGAGGAGACCCCUUCCCUCUUGUGGGGUUUGGAUCCUGUGUUUCUAGCCUUUGCAAAACUCUACAUCAGGGACAUCCUGGAUUUAAAGGAGUCCCGCCAGGUGCCAGGUAUAUUUUUGUACAAUGGGCAUCCGAUAAAACAGGUAGAUGUCUUGGGAACAGUCAUCGGAACAAGAGAAAAAGAUGCUUUCUACAGUUAUGGAGUGGAUGAUGGCACUGGAGUUAUAAACUGCAUCUGCUGGAAAAAGUUGAGCAAUACCGAAGAGUCUUCAUCAGCUACAGCUGCUCCAAGUGCAGCAGAAGAGCAGAGCUUAACCUCAAAACUUAAGAAGCUACAAGAGGCCAUUGAACAGAGAACAAAGUUAGAAAUUGGGGAUAUUGUCCGAAUCAGAGGCUACAUCCGCACGUACAGGGAAGAGCGAGAAAUUCAUGCCACCGCUUAUUAUAAAGUGGAUGAUCCAAUGUGGAACAUUCAAGUUGCAAGGAUGCUUGAGCUGCCCUCCAUCUAUAGGAAAGUUUAUGACCAGCCUUUCUGCAGCCCAGCCCUAGAGAAAGAAGAGGCACUGAGCAGCAAUCCAGAGGGCCUGGACCUUGCCAGUCUCACGAGCUUGCUAAGUGAAAAAGCUAAAGAAUUCCUCAUGGAGAACAAAGUACAGACCUUUUACCAGCAGGAGCUGGAGAUAGUGGAAUCUUUGCUGUCUGUUGCCAAUCAGCCUGUGAUUCACAGCGACAGCUCCGACCAAGCAGAUAAGAAGGACACCACUUCCAAGGCGAUUCAUAGUAUAUUUAAGAAUGCUAUACAGCUGCUGCAGGAUAAAGGACUCGUUUUCCAGAAAGAUGGUGGUUUUGAGAACCUGUACUAUGUAACCAGAGAAGACAAAGACCUGCACAGAAAGAUCCACGGGAUCAUUCAGGAAGAUUGCCAGAAACCAAACCACGAGGAGAAGGGCUGCCACUUCCUGCACAUCUUGGCCUGCGCUCGCCUGAGCAUCCAGCCGGGCCUGAGUGAGGCUGUGCUGCAGCGGGUUCUGGAGCUCCUGGAGGACCAGAGUGACAUCGUCAGCACCAUGGAGCAGUACUACACGGUGUUCUGAGCAGAGGCCUCAGAAACACGCAAGGACGAGAAAGAUGAGGUGGCGUUCCCUGCCAGGCUCUGGUUUUAUACCUCAUGCAGGGGCUUGCAUGAAGGCAGUUAGCUCCUAAUACACUAUAAAAUAUGGUCAUUCAGGGAAUAGAAUUUGAUGUGAAUGCUGCUGGCUUCCUUCUACCUGCUGUAUCCUUGAGAGACUGACCUCACCAUGACAUACAAGAAAACCCUACCUGUUGACCUCCUGGCUGGGCAUCACUGGCGGAGCAGAAUGGGGACGAAACGGUGUUGGCAGCUUCCUCGGCAUGUGUGUGUGGAGGCUGUACGUGGCAGAGGGACACCACGGGAUAAAGGCCCACAUGCUGAGGAACUGAAGCACACACUGCCAGACCACACAAUUCUAAACUUUUUAAAACUUCAGGCUAUCAGAGGCAUUUCUGUGGGCCUCCCUUAAUGGCUAAGAACUGGCUUAGGAGAGUACUGCCUUGUCGAGUGUCACUUGCCUAUGGUUUCUGUAGCUUAAGCACCAGUAGUGGGGCCUGGGUUUAUGUUCCUUACAGAGUUACCCAGAGAUGGGAAUAAACAGGGAUGCCAGGCCUGGCUCUGUGUUUAUCAUUUUCCAUGUAUUUCCCUCUGAAUCAAAAAGGUGUCUCGGUACAUUUCCCUGCACUUGCAGAGGUGCAUGACUAAGCGCAUCAUCCCUCAGUGUCCCUGAAGAUCCCAGAGGUGUCAGCCAAUUGCCUGGCAGGCAGUAGAUGUUAUUUUCAAGGUUGCUGCUGAGUGUGCAGGACGUGCUGACACCACCAGACAAAGACUCAGUAUGUGUCCAGACAGGUGAUGGAGUCAUGCUUUUGCCCGGAAUGACAAGGUAAAGGAAAAACAUCUGAGGUAUGUAGUAGGCUUGUUCUAACAGCAAAAUGACAGAUCCAACCAGCGAAAAUAAAGUGUGGAGAAAGA